AUGCUGCCGUACUCCGGCGACCACCAGCGCUCUCCGCUGCCGCCGACGUCUCGACCGGUGUUCUCCUCCUCCCUCUCCCCAUCCGCCGCGCCCUUCCCCACCGCUGAUCCGGUGGGCCCGGGCCCGGGCCCAGGCCCCGGGCGUGAUCUGCCCACCGCACCGUCCGUCUACGCUGCGGGCGGGGACUGGGGCGCCGUGUCGUGGAUGGAGCCUCCCGCGAGCUACAUGGCCCCCGCCGCCACGCCGCCGGGUUAUAAAGGCGAGUCCACUCCCUAUGGCAUAUACUCAAGGAACCACUUCAGUAACUUAUUUGGUCUACAUUCUCUGAGAUCAGAGAGCUCGAAUUUGGUAAAUGAGAAGCAGCCAGGAAACUGCCAAGAGAAUUCAGAGGCCCUCACCAAAGAUUUUGGACCAUCAGUAUUUCAUCAGCAGCAGAGUGCCUUUGUGAGUAAAUUGCUUGAUAAUUCAGGUGCUGAAGACACAGGGCCUUAUCCCCCACGACAAGAUUUAAAUCAGUAUCCUUUUGGUUCUACGUAUGACAAAUACAUGACACAACUUUCGUCAUGUUCAACAGAUACACAAUCUCACAUCUUUUCUACACGAUAUGUCAAUUCAUCUGAGAUGCCCAAUACAACCGCUCCAUUGAUGAAUGACACUAUUGGGGAAAGUUCCUUCUCCUUUUCGCCUUAUAUGAAUCCUUGCAGAAUCAAUCUUGAUUAUUUUGAUUGCGUGUGGAAUGAACAAAAAGGUCUUGGAUACCAAACUACUGAUAAGCAGCAUGGAAAAUGGAGUAACCCUGAUGACAAGGCAAUAGUCGGGAACUAUUCCCUCAAUUCUCCUGGGGAGAACCACCUUAAUCCUGAGCAUUUAGGGAAUGGGAGACCAAUGCAGGGAUCUUCUGAAAUGAAACAUGAUUUGGGAAGUUUCAGUUCCAAGGUUUCUUCGUCUGAGUCUGGAUUUGUUCAGCCUCGCGAAUGUUCAUCUGUGUUUCCUGAGGUCAAUAACACCAGUGUUGAUUCACCUUGUUGGAAGGGCACACCAGCCUCAUAUCAGCCUUCGUUUGGGGUCAUGGAAAAUAAUGGCGCUCCUCCUGUGGUGAUAGGAACAGUAGGCUACAUCAAUUCACAUCAAAACCAGAAGCUCCCAGAGUUGCGUUCUGAGUAUCCAUGGCGAUUCUGUGAACACCAAGAAGCAUCGGGUUCUGACAAUGACCCUUUUAAGGCGUUCAAGUUGUCUGAAAGUUGUAAAAUCUCCAAAGACCAUAAAGAAGUUCUGCCAAUUGAUGUCAGGGUUCUUAAUGACACGACUACUCAUGCUAGUUAUUUUCCUGACAAACAGCAUUCCACAACAACACAGAAAUGCUAUGAUUCUGGAGAAGAUUCUAAGAAUGUGAUAACUUCAAGUCAACAGGAAAGUUCGUGUCCUGCCAGCAAACCAAAACUUUUGGGUGGACAUGGUGCCAGCCUUACAGCAAGCACAAAUGAGCUAAUGAGUAGAAGUGUGAUGAAUCCUAUUGCUAUUACUCCUAGUGUUCAUACAGAUCAUUUAACAACAGGAAGCCCACAUGGAAAUACUUUUUCUGCAGUUGUGGAGAAAGAAGAAAGCACUCACAAAAGAGGUGAAGACCCUUCUCAAUGUUAUCCAGGUGUUGAGGGGAAUAUGCUGAAUAUGUCUUCCGAAUCCAGCUCUAGCACUCGGGCAAUAUUUCUGAAACUAAUGCACAAUCUGUCAGUAGUGCUUCUAUCGACCUGCAAGGGUGGUUCUUCGUUGCAGGAAGAUGAAGAGGAGCUUCUGCAAUCAGUGAUUCAAAAUCUUACAGCUGCCAGUUCCAAAAGAAGCAAGGUUGAACAAAAAAUUGAUGAUGGAUUGAGCAACUCGAGUCAAAUGAAAUUCAAAAAUAUUAAUUCUGCGAGGAACAACUUUUGGAGGUCAAUGCAUGAAGAUUCAGCACAGGAGAAUGCUGAUUCAAAAUUUAAGGCCACAGUUUCACAGGUUCUUACUAAUCACCAGGAGGAUAAGAUGCUUGACAACACUGAAGUUUCUCAGGCGUCAAUCUAUAGAAACUUGUGGAUUGAAGCAGAAGCUUCAGCUUGUAAACUCAAAUAUGAGCUUCAACAUGCUCGCCUGAAGCUCGAGACAGCAAAAGGCCUCAACGACACAAUAAAAGCCCCUGACUCAUUGGAAGGCAGUAAAGGCUCUAACUCAUACAUGUACAGUAGCAAACCACAGAACCAUGGGAAAGAAACCAUUACAUGCGCUGCGGCUUGUCAGGGCCAAGGAGGAGAUACUCGUGACGAGCAAUCUCCUGUUGUAAAUAGGAGCAUUUUCAAUGGUGUUGAUGCUGAUGUGUUUGCCCGAUUUAAGGUUUUGCAGUCCCGUAUUGAUAAUGUGAACUCCUUCAGUGAGAUUGACUGUGGGGAGCAGCAAGAAGCAAGCAAGAGACCAUAUGCAGCCGAAGAUGCUGUUAUGGUGAGACUGAAAGUUUUGAAGUCCCGUCCUGACAAUAUAUCCUCUUUGAGUCAGGAAAGCAACAAACACCAGCUACAUGCAAGCACAGACAGUGCAGAUAAUGUUGAUGAUGCUGUUAUGGCUAGGCUGGGAAUUUUGGAGUCCCAUCCUAAUAGUGCAGCCCUAUUGGGACAGGAAAGCAGCAAGCAACAACUGGAUAUGAGAACAAAUAGGGAAGAUGGGAUUGACGAUGAUGUUAUGGCUAGGCUGAGAAUUUUGAAGUCUCGACCUGGUAAUGAAACCUCAAUGGGUGAUGCCAACAAGGAGCAACAAGACGCAUGUAGUGAUCAAUUAAAUGGGGACGGCCUUGGUGUUGUGUCCAAUGGAGCCAUUAGCGACACCCUGAGUGAGAAGUGCUCUAAGUUUACACACACUGAUGAUUUGGCAGAUCGUUUGGGAGGAAAAGAUUCAGUAGGUGGCCUGGACAAAUUUGGUGAUGGAGGAAACUGUGCUAGGGAGAAAAAGGAGAUAGGUGGUUCAGCAGAUGUUGCUACCCCCAUGAGGUGCAAAGGUACAUCUGACGAAGUGAGCAUCGAAAGCGCAGUUCAUGGUGAAGAUAAUCUUGAUGAAAACCAUGUGUGGCUUCAAACUGCUGGGGACUCUCAUGUUUGCACAGAAGGGUCUCAGGAAGCGCACCUAAUCUCCUCUCCAGUUGACCAGUAUGGUGGUUCACCUACAGAGUGGGAGCAUGUGCUGAAGGAGAAUUUCUUCCAUCCAUGCAAAUAG